AUAAGAAUUUUCUGAGACUAUGGAUAACAACCACAACAACUUUUAGCGUCGGUUGUCAAGGCCAGGCCAAACGAACAUAACAUAAAGAGUUUCUGAAAGCAGAAGCUUUCAAAGAGAAUCUAAGGAUACACGUUCCCCAAAUUAAAUACUUCAAUAAUGUCUAGAACAACAAGCAAGAAAUUCAAAAGGUAUGAGCCACCUUCGCCAUCAUACUGCAGUGAAGACGAACUGGAAAGGGAUGAAUAUUUUAUAGGCAAUCCAGAAUUUGAAUUCGACGAGCUGCCCCAACCUUUCAGGUUUAUCGAUCGGAUACUGCAAGAGCUUUACGACAAUGUAUCAGAGCAAAUUGAAAAGGUCGAAGAAUUACGUGAACUUCAACGGGCUGCAAAGCCUGUUCCUAUUUUUAAAAGUCCUGCCCUUCUCGACUGUUCUGCUUUGAACGAAGGAAAUUCCAGUCCACAGGUCCAGCUCGUAGACUCUCACAACCACGGAUAUGUGGACGGUGCUAUCAAUGUUUCGUCAACUGAAAACUUUAUUUUUGUGGCAAAAGGGAAAUUCAUAUUGGUAAUGAGUAGUGUGACAAAAGUUGCUUUGGCCCAAAUAAGAUUGGAUACGCAGAGUGAAAUCAAUUUGCUGCAGUCUCUUUCUAUUUCCACACCUGCAUCUGUCUCUCCGGUAAUUGCAAUUUUUGCAUUUGACUGCCUAGGGCAAUGCUUUUCAUUUGUUUACAACAACAAAACAUUUAUUCCAAUACAGGCUCUUGAUGAAAACAAGAUUGAAUCUUCCAAAGUAAUUAAAUGGCAAUAUUGCAGUGAUUCAAAUCUAGUUUGUUUGGUAAGACAACUGAAUGCAAGUGAGCACUUUGUGGAAGUUUAUCGAGUACCCAAAGAGCAGUGGAUAAAUGACUUCCAGAAUAUUCUUGGUAAACGAGAGGACUAUGUUGGAAAAGAAAAUAAUGAAGAAUUGACAACAGGUGCUAAUGAAAGUUAUAAAGACAUUUCAGGAACAGUUUAUCAAGAAGGAGAAGAUGAAGAUUUCGGAAGCAGUCUUCUUCAAAAAUCUUCCAAUUUAAUAUCUGCCAGUCACGUAAGCCACAUGAUAUUGUCUGCAACAGUGAAUCUCCCAAAGGCAGCACCUUGUACUAACUUCCAAUCAGCACUAAAAAUGAUAGAGACUGGAAAAAUUGGCAGUGGAAAUAAGCACUGCUUGAGUUCUUCAUUCUUUGAAAGCUUAAAGCAACAGAUGAAUAGGGAUCUGUCAAAUUUAGGACUGAGCAGCAAUUCUGAUACAUAUCUACAGCAAGCCCAAGGUUUUCCCACAGUUCACUUCCUUAGGAGGAUCAACAAUAAGGAUCUGAAGUCAAGCAGUUCUGAUGUAGCAGGUUGCUGUCAUGAGUUUUUAGGGAUUUGGUGGUCUAAUAGGAAUAACUUUAUGAUAUAUAAGAUCCCAAGGUCCAGCAAGGAUGGUGAUUUUCAAAUUGAAGUUGUAUAUCCUAAUGCAGAUGUAAUUAUCAGAAGCUGUGUAAAUGAAGAAACAGAUCUUAUUGCAUUAAUGAUUAAGAAUGGAAAUACAGUUGUGUGGAACAGAGCAUCAGGUGAACCAUCAAGAAUCAUUCAAUUUGAUAACAUCAAGCCUGUUUUCAUGGAAUUUGCUUCUGUUUCAAGAAAUGCAGAGAGGCUCUUGAUUGGAGACCAUUCUGGAACAAUCCAGGAAGUGGACUGUAGCGGUUCUGAUUUUGACAUCCAUCCUUUAAUUGAUAAGUCAUUGGUGGAGCAAAAUGAAAUUAUCUCUGCUGGAUUAGUUCCAGGUUGCCAAUUUCUGCUCUUUGUUGCCAGAAAGCCAAAUUAUAUUACAAUUUUCAAUCUGGAGCAGCGUUCUGCCGUCUUCCAUUUCCAACUACCAGGCGAUGUUUCCUUGGAUUCAACUGUAUCUGUUUGUUUUAUGUUUAGUGAAGACUUGUCAUCUAUUAUUGUUCACGGAAGGAAAUUGGUGCAGUUUGAUAACCACCUUCAUGGACUUUUUAUCUUCAAUUUUUCAAUUGAUGAUGCUGACUUUUUAGGCAACACAUCCCCUGUUACAAGUCCUGUUCCAAUGCAAAACAACAAACUUGAUACCCUUGAAACUGUUGCUUUGUCGCUUAUGGAAAAGAUCAAUGGAAAAAAAAAAGAAAGAGAGGCAAGGAGAAAACUCAGAUGGAAAGAGUACCUAAAGGAGCUAGAGAACCGUAAUUAGAGAAUGUAUUAAAAAUUUUAAACUGAUCUGUUGUUCUGAGCUUUUGCCCUUUAGAGUUUAUUGGUUCUGCACAGUGAUAGCAAAGUUAUGUUGCAUGA